GUGACGUCAUUUGGGUUAUUAGAGCCGUCCUUGCAGCGUGAGGCUGUCCGGAGAUGCAGUAGAGACAGACUAGAUUCACCCGCGUGCCAACUCAACAGACCAUCACUUACACGCAGCACAAAGAACCUCUAUUUCAAUCCACGAACUGAAUAACCAGAGCUUCACGUGCGCGCAGCAUACGAGGUCAGGACCAUGUCUUCCAACGGGUGUUGUACCAGCGGCGGUGAUAUCCUGCAGAUACAGCUCGGCCUCAUUAACGCCGGGAAUAAAUAUCUAACAGCUGAAACGUUUGGUUUUAAAAUCAACGCCUCCGCCUUGAGCCUGAAGAAGAAGCAGAUGUGGACGCUGGAACAGAACACCGCCGAAACAGGAGACGCCAGCGGCAACGUGGUGUUCCUCCGCUCUCAUCUUGGACGCUAUCUGGGAACCGAUAAAGACGGGAACGUUAAAGGGGAGAGCGAGUCUGGAGACAAAGACUGUCGGUGGGUCCUAACGGCGCACGAUGACGGGCGCUGGUCCCUGCAGUCCGAGACCUAUGGUAGAUACCUGGGAGGAAGUGAAGACCGGAUCAGCUGCUUUGCUCAGACCGUGUCUGCAGCAGAGAUGUGGUGUGUCCACCUGGCCAUGCAUCCACAGGUGAACCUGUUCAGCCUGGCCAGGAAGCGUUAUGCCCACCUGAACCUUGACCUUGACCAUCCUGAGGUAUCCACCAACCGUGACGUACCGUGGGGCGUGGACUCCCUUAUCACGCUGGUGUUCCAGGACCAGCGCUACCACCUGCAGACCUCCGACAACCACUUCCUGACCAACACCGGCCGUCUGGAGGCCACGCCCAGUAGGAACACCGGUUACACCCUGGAGUUCCGCUCCGGGAAGGUGGCGUUCCGGGACUGUUCGGGACGCUACCUGGCGCCGUCAGGGCCGAGCGGGACCAUGAAGAGUGGGAAGAGCAGCCGUGUCGGGAAGGACGAGCUGUUCUCCAUGGAGCAGAGUCACCCUCAGGUGGUUCUCACCGCUGCCAACGACAGGAACGUCUCCACCAGGCAAGGGAUGGACUUGUCAGCCAAUCAGGAUGAGGAGAGCGACCAGGAAGUAUUCCAGGUGGAGAUGAGUCGUGAGAACAGAAAAUGUGCGUUCCGGACUGCGGCCGGGAAGUACUGGACUCUGACCAUCACAGGAGGACUGCAAUGUACCGCAUCCACAAAGUCAGCUAACUGCCUCUUUGACUUGGAGUGGCGAGAUGGGAGGGUGUCUCUCAGAGCCUCAAACGGGAAGUAUGUUGUUGCCAAGAAGAACGGACAGCUAGCCGCUACCAUCGACAAUGCAGGGGAGUCAGAGCAGUUUCUGAUGAAGCUAAUCAACCGGCCAAUCAUAGUCCUCCGCGGAGAACACGGUUUCAUUGGCUGUCGUAAGGCUGGCACCGGAACGCUGGAUUCUAAUCGCUCCUCCUAUGAUGUUUUUCAGCUAGAGUUUAAAGACGGAGCCUACAGCCUCCAAGACUCCCAGGGGAAGUUCUGGUGUGUGGGGGAGGACUCAGCGGUGGUGUGCACUGAGGACCAACCCACCUACUUCCUGUUUGAGAUGUGUGACUACAACAAGAUGGCGAUACAGGCGCCAGGGGGCCGCUACCUGAAAGGAGACCAUGCUGGGGUGCUGAAGGCUAAUGCUGAGGGGGUAGAGGGUGCUACCCUCUGGGAGUACUGAGGAAUUACACACACACACACACACACACACACACUACAUAGUUAACACACACCAUAUGGUUGUAGUAAUGAAUCCUUCACUUGCUUGUUAUCAGUGAUAAAAAAAGAAUGAGUCAGAAUGACCCAAAUAACAAGUCUGAGUGAACAAGAGAGGCGGGGAUUGAUUCUCUUGUUAAUUGAUGGUGUACCUCUAAAAGAUGUCCCCAUGCCACACCCUAACUGAACUGUGUUCUGUUUCUGUUCCAUGAUUAAACACAAACAGCUCUAUGGGUCUCAACAGGCAGGAUUAUUAAACAAUUAGUAAUAAUACCACAUGCGCCAUCAUAUUAGUUUACAAUUUAGAACUACCUUAAAGUAUUCUGCUGGUUUAAUUAAAAAAACAUCUGAGAAAAAAAUGCUUCAGAACCAUCUCUUCCUUUUGAACUGGAGAUCUGACUUGGUUAUAACUGGCUACUCUAGGAGUCCUGUGGUGGUACACAUGGCUGCAGUAGGCUAGGCAAUUGGCUUUACCAUUUGUUUUGGUUAUAGCUCAACGCAGACAGAGCGCCUUUUGUCACAAAAUGCGCUUUUACAAAACAUCCAGCCUGAAACCGCAAAGAGCAAGCAACAACACUGUUGAUGCACAGUGGCUAGGAGAAACUCCCUAAAAGGGGUGAAACUUAGGAAGAAACCUAGAGUGGAACCAUGCUCGCAGGUGUUGCCAGUCUUCUGGCUUCACUCAUUUAAGCUUAAUAAUGAAUGAAUAACUACAAAAAUAAACCUGCUACCACAGAGAUGUAGAGUCAUCUUACAGGGAAAUGAUUAUCUCAUCUUACAGCUGUGCUGUUGUUAACCAUUCCCGUAAUCCAUGCAUCAAGGAAAAUAAACGUUUUAUAUUGAAAAGAUAUGUUAAAGUAAUGUUACAUUAUAGAAAAACAUGGUUAGAUUAACAUGCGUAAUACACAUCUUCAAGGUGAUUUUUAAGAAGCACCACCCUACCCAUGUAACACACAUCAUCAUGAUGAUGAAAAGCACCACCCUACCCAUGUAACACAUCAUCAUGAUGAUGAAAAGCACCACCCUACCCAUGUAACACAUCAUCAUGAUGAUGAAAAGCACCACCCUACCCAUGUAACACAUCAUCAUGAUGAUGAAAAGCACCACCCUACCCAUGUAACACACAUCAUCAUGAUGAUGAAAAGCACCACCCUACCCAUGUAACACAUCAUCAUGAUGAUGAAAAGCACCACCCUACCCAUGUAACACACAUCAUCAUGAUGAUGAAAAGCACAGCUCUUUACUGAUCUAAUACACAUUUUCAUGAUGAUGAAAUGCACAGCUCUUAUGAUAUAUUCACCUUUCUGAAGCUUUUAGUAAUCUAACAUUGGGCUGUUCCAUUGGCCCGUGACCACACUGAGGGAAACUGAUUAGCUGUGCCUUGCAUGGUUUUUCUAUAUGUGUUCAUGUGUUUAUUGGUAUAUUGAAUGAGUGUUUUCUUUCCAUAAUGUGCCAUUUAUUUUUCAACCCAAUAAAGCAGUUUAAAAAAGUG